AUGGCCUCAUCGGUGAUCAGUCAGUUGGUGGACGCCAUGACCCUGUGCUCUCAGCCAGCGGAACGGCAGGUCCGAACCACCAUCGAUCCACCCAUGGCCCCGGAGGAGGCGAUGAAGCUGCUGAAGGACGGCAACCGUCGCUUCGUGAAUGGCUGUCCCUGGGGUUCCAAGACCAAGGAGGCAGCACGUCAGCAGCUGGUGGAGGAUGGCCAGGCGCCUCACACCGCCAUCAUUGGCUGCGCUGAUUCCCGCGCGCCGCUGGAAACCAUUUUCGACACCAUGCCAGGUGACAUUUUCGUGCUUCGGAACGCCGGAAACACUUGCACACAUGCGGAAGGAUCGAUGGUUGGCAGCUUGGAGUUCUGCACCGGAAAGCUCGGUAGCCGUUUGAUUCUGGUCUUGGGCCACACCAAGUGCGGUGCCAUUUACGGGGCGACAAAGACCUACUUGGAUUCGCAGCCAGGAAAGAAGGUGGCAGGAUCCGCUUUGGAGGGGCUGCUCCAAGAUCUUGGCUCCGUGGCCCAAGAAGCCGCGCAGGAGAUGGGACCGGGGGCAAGCUCGGAUGAAGUGGCCGCUCAUGCUGUGAAGGUGAACGUGUUCCACACCAUGAACUUUCUCUUGCGCUUCAGCGAGAGUAUCCGCGAGAUGGUCAAGACUGGACAAGUUCAGAUCCAAGGUGGCAUUUACCAUUUGGAGACUGGAUCUGUGGAGUUUCUGGGCCAGUCUCCUUUGCAGAAAGAAUUGCUGGACAGCAGCAUGGCCAUCCCACCUUCCAUGGUCACAGAGGAGGAGCGAGGUUUGCAUGGUGUGCGCACCGGUGCGGAUGAAAGGGUGCCGUCUGACUUGGCGUUGUCGAUGCUGAAGAAGGGCAACGAGCGCUUUGCUGCCGGUGCCCCAACUGCUGGCAAGACUUCGGAUGCCAUGCGCAAGGCGUUGGUGAAACACAACCAAGCGCCCCACAGUGCCAUUGUUGGCUGCGCCGACUCUCGCGUCCCGGUCGAUACGGUCUUCGACGCAACGCCUGGGGAGCUGUUUGUCUUGAGGAAUGCUGGGAACACGUGCACGCAUGCCGAGGGAUCCAUCGUUGGCUCAUUGGAGUUCUGCACCGGCAAGCUAGGCAGCAAGUUGAUUCUGGUCUUGGGACACACCCAGUGUGGUGCCAUUGCUGGGGCCACUGCGACCCACCAAGCAGGAGCCACCAAUGCGCCUGGCUGCGCUUUGGAGGGGUUGUUGCAGGGUCUUGCCGUGGUGGCGAAGGAUGCCAGUGAACAGCUGUGCCCAGGUGCUUCCCAGCAAGAGCUGGUGGCGCAUGCUGUGAAGGUGAACGUCUUCCAUUCCAUGGAUUUCCUGUUGAAGUUCAGUGAGCCAUUGCGUGAGUUGGUCCGCAAGGGAGAGUUGGACAUCCAGGGCGGCAUCUAUCACCUCGAGACUGGCCGAGUGGAGUUUCUGGGUCAAUCCCCACGCCAAGCGGAGCUGUUGUCGUCGGAUCUGUCGCUGCCACCAUCCAUGGCCCUUGGUGCCAUCCGCACAUCUCAAGACGGAAUCGUGGCGCCCAAGUUGGCCCUGCAGACCCUGAAAGAGGGAAACGAGCGCUUCGUGGUGGGUGCUCCUGCUGCUGGAAAGGUGCAUCGCAGCAUGUGCGAGGCUUUGGCAACCAAAGGUCAGGCGCCCCACACGGCCAUCGUGGGCUGCGCGGAUUCGCGUUGUCCGCUGGAGACACUCUUCGAUGCUCUUCCUGGUGAUCUGUUCGUUCUGCGUAACGCUGGAAACACCUGCACACACGCUGAGGGAAGUAUCUUGGGCAGCUUGGAGUUCUGCACCGGGGCCCUCAACACCCAGCUGAUCUUUGUGCUGGGACAUACCAACUGCGGUGCCAUCAAGGGGGCGACGGCAGCAUACUUUGCGGCCAAGAAGCAGCCGACGAAGGCCAACAAUGCCUUGGAUGUACUUCUGAAGGGUCUCGACACAGUGGUGGCUCAGGCGGUGGCCGAAGCUGGGGACAAGGCAACAGAGGAGGAAGUCGCAGGACUCGCUGUGAAGCUCAACGUCUUCCAUACCAUGAAUUUCCUCAUGCAGCACAGCGAGCCCAUCCGCGAGAAGGUUUCCAGAGGCAAAUUGGAGAUCCAUGGAGGAGUCUAUGACUUGAAGUCCGGACGUGUGGAGUUUUUGGGUUGCAGCCCCUCUCAGUCGAAGCUGGUCGCAGGUAAGAGCACUGUGGCUCCUUCGCUGAAGGUUCUUGUUGACAGCAGCAUGUCCUCAGCAAACCGCGAAUGGUCCGCUAUGGUUUUCUCUCUCAUUCGUCAAUUGGCCAAUGGCAUGGAGCUGUGCUCUCGGCCAGAAAGACACGUGCGGACCACCCUGGAUGUACCCUUGGCCCCUGAAGAGGCUGCGACUCUGUUGAAGGACAGCCCUAAGGGCUGGGGAUGUGAGGCCUGGAAGAUCACCCGGGGAGCUCCGCAGAAAGGACGGCAACAGUCGCUUCGUGAGCGGCUGAGCUACUUGGACUCGCUGGCGCAGCCAGGAAAGAAGGAGGCAGCAGGAUGUGCUUUGGAGGGGCUCCUUCAAGAUCUUGGCUCCGUGGCCCAAGAAGCUGCAAAGGAGCUUGGACGUGGGGCCACCUCGGAUGAAGUGGCCGCUCAUGCUGUGAAGGUGAACGUGUUCCACACGAUCAACUUUCUCUUGCGUUUCAGCGAGAGUAUCCGCGAGAUGGUCAGGAUUGGACAAAUUCAGAUCCAAGGAGCCACAAAUGCGCCUGGCUGCGCUUUGGAGGGUUUGUUGCAGGGUCUUGCCGUGGUAGCCAAGGAUGCCAGUGAACAGCUGGGCCCACAUGCAUCCCAGCAAGAGCUGGUGGCGCAUGCUGUGAAGGUGAACGUAUUCCGUUCCAUGGAGUUCCUCUUGAAGUUCAGCGAGCCCUUGCGUGAAUUGGUCCGCAAGGGAGAGUUGGACAUCCAGGGCGGCAUCUACCACCUCGAGACGGGCCGAGUGGAGUUCGCCCUGAAGACCCUGAAAGAGGGCAAUGGUCGCUUUGUGGAGGGUGCCAACAAUGCCUUGGAUGUACUUCUGAAGGGUCUCGACACAGUGGUGGCUCAGGCGGUGGCCGAAGCUGGGGACAAGGCCACAGAGGAGGAAGUUACAGCACUCGCAGUGAAGCUCAAUGUCUUCCAUACCAUGACCUUCCUCACGCAACACGUUGAAGCUGCCUUAGUUGUGCAGGCACAGCCAGCCCUCCGCGAGAAGGCAUCAGCGGUUUCCAGCGGCGAGUUGGAGAUCCAUGGAGGAGUCUAUGACUUGAAGUCUGGACGCGUUGAGUUUUUGACUUGGACACCCUCUCAGCCGAAGCUGGUCAAAGCAAAGACCACGGUUUUUUCCGCCACCUCUCAGCCGAAGCUGCGGAAAUCUAAGAGCACGGUGGGUUCCAGCCCUCCUCAGUGGAAAUUGGUCAAAGCGAAGAGCUCUGCGUCGCUUUCUGUGAACGACAAGAUGUUUGGGGCCUAG